AUGGAAAAUCUCUGCAAUUCUUUAAUGGCUAAAUUUGAUACAAGUUCGCCAGUAAGAAAUUGGGUAGAACAAAAAUAUGAGAGGAAUUUAGGAAAUUACAUUGAUACAUCAAUCGAAAGUAUAUCUCCAGGAUUGCAUGCCCCUACAAAGAUGACAUACUACUCAAUUCCACACAAGAAUGAAGACUAUCUAAAGCUUUCUUCAGCAUAUAAUUCAGGUGGUAAUUUGAUAAAUGGGGAAUUUUCAGGGCUAAGGACGUUUCAAGUCACUAAUAAAAAUCUGAAUACUCAGCUUAAGGAUAACUAUAUCCCUGUAAGCUGUACAACUAAUUGGAUAGGUAAUUCAUCAUUAAGGAAGGAAUUUGAUUCUAGUACUCCAAAUGUGUAUAUGCAAUAUCCUGAAUAUAAAAUAAAUUCAUCAAAGUCCAAUUUUAUGGAGGACUAUAAUAAUUUUAGGACAAAUCCUUCAAUAUAUACUCAUCAAGCUCUAGCUCCAACAUAUCUAACUCAAGAUAGAAAUAAUAUAAUGCAGGUUGAUCUAAAAAAUAAGAAUAAUAAGACUAAAUGGAAUAAAUGGAGUAGUUAUUCUAAGUUAUUACCUUCAGUAAUUAGUGAAUUAGGAAUUCAGAAUGAGUAUAAUAAACUCUCAGAUAUAUUCAAUAAAUAUUCAAAUACCGUGCGAGGUUUUAUGUCUAACUCUGAAUUUUAUAGAUUUAUGGAAGAUGUAAACAUUAUUGAAAUUGGUUAUAGAGGAAUUCUAUUUAAUAUAAUGGAUAGAAACCAAGAUAAUUACUUAACAGAGAUUGAAUUCUUAUCUGGUAUGCUUGUAUUUCGUCCAUGCAAUAUUAAACAAGAUUUAACAAUGAGUUUCGGGAAAUUGAGGCUUCAAUUUAUAUUUUUUUAUUAUGAUUCUAAUAGAGAUGGUGUUUUAUCAGACCAUGAGCUGGCAAAAAUAAUUGAACAUAUUAGUAUAAUUAAAGCUACAAUAAAUAAUGGCAAUAAUAAGCCGAAAAAGAAUCAAAUAUCUAGUAAUAAAUCUUUAGAUCUUUCAAAUAAAAUCCUUAAAGGAUAUAUUAAAAAGAACUACUGUAGUUAUGAUGACUUUUUUAUUCUUGUACAAAAUUGUAUUUUGAAUGGAACAGAGAAUUUACUAAGAUGCAGAAAUGAUAUUUUUCAAUCAUUGGAUGAAAUAUCAAGAUCUCAUAACAAAAACCAAGUAUAUUACAAUUAUACUAGUAACUCAAGAUUUUGUCCUGAUAUAUUAUUAAACCCAGAUAUAAAGUCUGAAAUGAGUCCUUUAGAAAAUAUAAAGUAUUCUAAAAAAGGAUCUACUGGGACAUUUAUCCACACUCCAGUAAUAAAUGAAAUGCCUCCAUCUUCUUCAACAUAUAGUAAAUACAUAAAUUCAGAUACUAUAGUAGAUAGAUCUAAUUAUAUUCAGAAUAUAUAUAAUGGUAAUAAAUUUAAUGUUGAAAGUUAUAUGAGCCCACCAAAUAAUCAACAUAUUAGUUUGAAGAGAGAAUUAGAAAAUAACCCAACUAUUUUAUCACCAAUUAAUAUGAAAUAUUAUCAAAACUUGAAUUCAACUAAUGAAACUAGAAAAGCUACAACAUUGGAUAAUUUAUCAAACAAUAGAUUGAGCUGUGAAUCAUCUGCAGCAUCUCCUUCAUAUUAUAUUCCUUCAGAAGGACGUACAAAUAUUCCAUUUUCUCCGGCACAAUAUUAG